AUGGGUUCUUGCAUGUCCAGCAGUGUCGAGGACACUCAUGGCCUCGAAGAACGCAAGGUCUCCGCCAUGAUUGACAAAACAUUGGAGGAAGAGCAACGCAAGGCGCAGAAAGUCUGCAAAGUUCUUCUGCUAGGAUCGGGCGAAAGUGGAAAGUCAACCAUCGUGAAGCAGAUGAAGAUUAUCCACCAAAACGGCUACAAGAAAGAAGAGCUCACUCUGUACCGUCCCACUAUCUACAAGAACUUGUUGGACUCAAUUAGGGGUCUACUUGACGGCAUGCAGAAAUUACAGCUCGAAUUCAGCAACUCGGAAAACAAGGAACUCAUGGAGUAUCUCAUGGACGAGCAAAUUGACAGCGACGCAUCGAAACCACUUGAUCCGAAAAUAAAAGAGGCAAUUGAAGCCGUCUACAACGAUUCGAUAAUGGCGCAGGUCAUUGAUCGACAGACCGAGUUCUACCUAAUGGACUCAGCCAUCUACUUCCUCGACAGCAUGGCGCGCAUAAGCGCGCCAGACUAUCUCCCAACAGAGUCUGACGUUCUUCGUGCGCGUAUAAAAACAACCGGAAUUUUCGAAACCCAGUUCCAGAUGAACAACCAAUUGAUGAUCCAUAUGUUUGAUGUCGGCGGACAAAGAAGUGAAAGAAAGAAAUGGAUCCAUUGCUUUGAAGGAGUCACUUUGAUCAUCUUUUGCGUCGCCUUGAGCGAAUACGACCAGGUUCUUCUGGAGGACGCCGGACAGAACCGAAUGCUCGAGAGUAUGAUUUUGUUUGAUUCUAUUGUCAACAGCCGGUGGUUUGUUCGCAGCAGCAUCGUUCUGUUCCUGAACAAGGUAGACGUCUUCCAGCAAAAACUCAAGAAGGUCCCUCUUGGAAACUGGUUUGCCGACUACGAUGGAGGCGAUGAUCUUAACAAGGCGGCAAAGUUCAUUCUAUGGAGAUUUACGCAGCUGAAUCGCUGUGGUCUCAAAAUCUACCCUCACCUUACACAAGCAACAAAUACCGGAAACAUUCGACUUGUUAUGGCCGCUGUUGAGGAGACGAUUCUGCAGAACUCGCUGAAAGACUCGGGCAUCAUAUAA